GCGGUGAUAACGCCGUGGCAUUGCCAUCAGAACGUUUGCAAAACGAUAGAAUAAGACAAAAUGAUCCCUGCUAUUCUAAAUUCAUUACCAUUAUCGCGAUAGGGGUCCGGUUCUGCCUGAAUGUGUUGGCGAUAUUGGUAAUUCUUAAAGUAAUUAAAAAGUGGACGAAUAGUGUGACUAUUCCCACUACGAGGAGAACGAUGUGGAAAAGAUUAGGUUGGAACGAAGAAAACUUCCAAACGCGGCACUUGUAUUGUCAACGGUGCCAAUAUGUUAUCGGGACGGGAAAGUUACCAGUAGAAGACUGUCUAUGCAAAGUAUCGGGACCAGGGAAACCAUUAAGUACAGUAGGAUUCUUCGUCACGCUUGAUUUGAUUAAUCAAAUGGAAAGAUUUUUCUCUAUACCUAAUUUCGUUGAACUUCUAAGAUACGCGAAAAAUCGAAAAAAGCUAAAUGACAACGGUAUAGAAGACAUAUUUGAUGGAAAGAUGUAUAAGGAGAUGCAAAAAUCUGGAGGUUUUUUAUCGAAUAAGUGGAACUUUUCUUUUACGAUAAAUACAGACGGGUGCCAAGUCGCGAAUUCAUCGUCAGUUAGCGCCUGGCCAAUAUUACUAACCAUUAACGAGCUUCCACCACACGCACGCAAACGAUUUAUAAUUAUGGCCGGAGUAUGGGUAGAUAAAAAUCAUCCCGAUAUUAACACGAUCAUGAAACCCGUUGUAGAACAACUUCGUUUUUUAUAUAAUACUGGUAUAAUGUGGAAGCCAAACGGAGUUGACAUGAUCUGCAGUAAAUUUAUAACGAUUAUUUGCUGUGUCGAUUCUGUGGCACGAAGCAAUAUUCUAAACAUGACGAGAUUCAAUGGCAAAUACGGAUGUCCUGUGUGUUACGCUUCAGGAAGACGAUGGGGGGAUAAUCUUCUUUGGGUAUACCCUGACAUGGAAUCUCAACUCCGUACCGAUAGAGAAAUUCGUUCCGAUAUGGAAAGUGCGAUGAACAGUAAUAGUAGAAUAAAGGGAUUUAUCGGUAACAGCAUACUUAGAUACCUUCCGGAAUUCCAUUUAGACAAAGGGGUUGUAAUUGAUUCCAUGCAUAACAUGUGGCUCGGGGUGGGAAAAAAAUUGACCCUACUAUUACUUCAUGCCAAAGCAACCGAUCGAUGGUACAUUCGUAGCAAAAGUAGUUUUGAGAAGCUUAUAAACGAGCGGCUACUAAAAAUACGCACGCCCAGUAAAAUCGCGAGGAAGCCGAGAGGUAUUGAAAACUGUAAAGUGUGGAAGGCGAGUGAAUGGCGCAAUUGGAUUUUAUACUAUUGUGUACCGUGCUUGAAAAAUCUGAUUCCUGAUGAAUAUUUCCAACUGUUUUGUUACUUGUCCGAAGCUGCGCAUAUUUUAAAUAAUGAAUCCGUUGACAACCGAGGAAUUCGCAAGGCUCGGCUUCUUAUUCAAUUUCUAACGGAAGAGUACCAAAACUUGAUGGGACUAGGAAACAUGACAUACAACUUACACAUACUGAAACAUGUUCCCGAUUGCGUAGCUAACUGGGGCCCUACGUGGACUCACAGCGCUUUCAUAUACGAGGGUUAUAAUCGUCAAAUAAUGUUAUCAUUAAAAAGUCCUAACGGUCGUCCGUUGCAAAUAAUGCACAGUUAUGCACUGAAAGAUUUUUUACGCGAAGUCAAGAGCGAUCCAUAUUUGGACGACGAAGUUCUGGAACAAAUAACGGAUAUACUCAAUGUCGGUUUAAAGAACAAACAAUUACAUAACCACGAAUAUGUGCAGUACUCAGAAUUCCGAGGACUCGGAUGUCCUAUUGUUCGCGAACCCUCCGCUAUGGAGAAGAGCCUCUUAUCGAAUGAAGGCCUCACUUGCGAAGGGCUAUUUAAAGAUUAUAACAAAGCAACGAUAAGAGAUGUCAUUUAUGCUUCCGAGAAAGGUGAUAAUAAUGUAACGCAAAGUUGCGACAAAUACGUUUACACAAGAGGCGGAUUGUUUGCAAGAAUAGACGCAAUCGUGAGUUUCGUUGAUAACGAUAACAGAUCUAUAAAUGGCUUAUUUGUUACAUUCUUUGAAAUUAUUGGUCAAAAUUGCGGAGCUGCACAUUUACACGAGUUAAUUGAAGCGUUGAAAGGGUUUGUCACAACGGAAGAUGCACUUACACCAGCGAUUAUAAUGAAAACGGACAAUGUUAUGUAUGGUGUCAAAAUUACGAACGUAUGGGAAACUGAUUGAAAUAGAAUUAAGAAUUUAAAGCGAAGCACUGGCGUUGAUCCUAAAGUACUAUUUGCUUUACACACCACUGCGAUACAUUUUGCAAAACCCAUUUAUUAAAAAUGAUCGUACCGAGCGAACAGAAACAAUAAUGUAUGUCGAAAUAAUGGAAAAUUGUCAUAAGUUGAGUAUCCCAAAUGACUACAAAAAAUGCAGCUGUCUCUCGCAAUUGCCCUUUAACUAUGUUGAAUUAUGAAAUUAAUUCAUAAAAUAUUGUCAUAUAUGUACAAGAAAGUAUAUCAUUCCCAAAUCCUUGUUCAAUAUGAUAUUCGAGAUUUCACAGUGAACGAUUUUGAUAAUAAUUCGCGCUGCGAUCCAUUCUAAAUUGUAUUGAAGCAACUUUUUAUUAAUAUUUGGCCGCAUGGAUUAUUAGACAAAUCCGUAACUUAUCAGAUCUUGGUAAAAACAUUUCACAGCGCAACUUUCACAAUAAAUAAAUUCUAAUGGCUCACGGAAGAGAACUCUGCAAAGAGUACUAAUGACCUGCUCAAACAGGUCAGUACGCCAGGCCAAGGAACUCGGCAUGAGAGCCAUAACGGCUUUCCUGGAGGUCAGUACGACUUGGAGAUGAAGCCCGCUAAAAUGGUCAUAACGGCUGUUCAUGAGGUCGGCACGACUAUAGGUCAAGAAACCCGGCAUGAGAGUCAAAACAGCCGUUCAGGAGGUCGGUACGACCUGGAGACGAAUAUCUAGAACGGUCAUAACGGCUGUACAUGAGGUCAGUACGACCUGAGGACGAAUCUCGGUAGAAUGGUCAUAACGGCAAUUCAGAAGGUUGGUACAACCUGGCGACGAAUCUCCACGGAACGGUCAUAACGGCCGUUUAGGAGGUCGGUACGACUUGGGGAACGAAAAAACCAGUAGAAGGGUCAUAACGUCCUUUCCGGAGAUAAGUACGACUGUCUGACGAGCUUGCGGGUAAGCUUGCAAAGGGUCGGGACGAUCCUUUAGAAGGGUCGUUACGACCUUGAGUAAGCUUGCAACCACAAUGACAAAGAGUCGUAACGACCUCGCAGAGUGUUGUUACGACCUUCGACCGGAAGUGACGUCGUGGUCAUGAUGACCCUCUUCAGCGAGGUCCCGA